CCUUUAUGUUGCAAUGUCCAUUUGUAGUCAAUAGACCGUAUUUUUAAUUAUGAAUAACUUAGUCAGGAAUCUAAGACUUUCAUCAAGACAAUUUCAAGUAACUCUAGGAAGCAGAGGUAGUAUCUUAAUUUGAAAAAUUAUGAACAAAUCAUUGUAAAUGAAAAAUAAGAAAGGAAAUUCUUAUCUCUUAGUAUUAUCGCCCGCCUCAGCAUGGUUCACCCAGAGGACGUUUGCAAAUCACCUCAAAUUGGAAUUAAUAAAGAUGGUUCAGCAAUUAUUUGUUGGCAUCCGGAAGAACUAGAUUUUCCUUACGAGCAUACUAAACCUAUAGUCAGGACGGAGGCUGAUCGAAUAAGCAACAACACUGCAUCUGAAGUUCUAAACACUUUCCCAGAACAAAGAGACCCUUCGAAUGAGGAACUUAUGCAAAUGUUUUAUACAACAAAACAUCAAUGGGCACCUAAGCCUGGAAAAAGAUAUAUUAAAAGUAGAGUUAUUAGAGAUCGUGAGGGAUUGUAG